AUGGCUCCAGGUGAAGGAUAAAUAAAUGGUGAUGUUUUCUGCAUAAUAGUACUACGAUUCCUGGGAACCAACCAUCUCUCACAUACUUUCAUGGCAAUUCACCUAACCCCAACUGACUCCAAAACAACAAGUAAUCAAGCAAUUUCUUCUGCCUGUCACCACAUCAUCAUGAUCUAUUUUCCUUGUGAAAAUAUUCCACAAAGGUUGGGGCCAUUUCAGACAACACAUGUCGUGCCACAAUGUGGGAUCUCUCUUGUCCCCCACAUGAUGUUGCAGUUACCCAUAGCCAUCAGAUGAUUCUCCAUUCUCCGGUCCUCCUCAGCCUCUCUCCUUUCUCUCGCCAUUUACUUCCGUUAUGACUCUCCCGUCCUCUCAGUACAGUCAAAGAGAGUAGUCAUCGUAUAUGCGAAGAAGGAAGUUUGCCACUGUGGUAUGGAAAUCCUCUCCUGCUACUUUUAGUUACAGUGUCAGCGGAGCAUGCAGCCUUUUCAGACAUAGCACAUCUUUUCCUACACUGACAAACAACUGCUUUCUUGCCACUUGAAGUUUCUUCCUUAAGAACAGGUGAUAUGUAUUACCUCGAUAUUCUCUUUGAUUUAUUAUAUCUGUGAGGAAUGCCUGUGGAAACUGUCUUCGGAGUUCUCGAGAUAGCCAACACAUGUUGGAGCCCUUCAUUUCCGAGUGCAACAGCCCGGCCAUUGACCUGCCCAUGGCCAACAACAAUGGGGACCCAGACAUCACCAUUGCCCAUGAUCUCCGGCCAUGGUUCCCACCACAAGCAACGGCCGCCAGUCCUCCCACCUCCCCAUGGAACCCUUUCUGUGGGCCGAAGAAGGGAGAUUCCUUCUUGGACGCUUCCACCGAUGAGACAGUAGCGUACCUCAACUCCUUACUGACCACCGCCGACGCCGAGCCUUCUUCGCAGCCAUCUGCGGAGCACGAUGAGGAGGAGCCGCCGAAGAGGGAGGCAAGAAGACAGCGUCGUCCCGGUUUGGCCUCCGGGGGAAGCGAAGACGACGAGGAACAAAGGCCUGGCAAGCGGCACCACUCUAAGAACCUCGUGGCCGAGAGGAAGAGGCGGCAGAGGAUCCGGGAUCGGCUCCAUGCCCUGCGGUCCAUGGUUCCAAAGAUCACCAAGAUGGACAAAGCCUCGAUACUGGGAGACGCCAUCGAGUACGUGAAGGAGUUACAGAACCAAGUGAGAGAUCUGCAGGACGGGCUGGAAAAGAACGAGGAGGAGGACGAAGGCAACGUUCCAGUUCCUAAUGGGAUGAUCAACCGAGGCAAGGAGCCAAUGAGCGACGAGGACGACGACGAGCAGCAGCAAAUGGAGCCUCAGGUGGAGGUGAAGCAGCUGACAGCCAACGAGCUCUUUUUGAUGGUGCUGUGUGAGCACAGGCAAGGAGGGUUUGCAAGGUUGAUGGAGGCCAUGAACGCACUAAGCCUGGAAGUAACCAAUGCCAGUGUCACCACAUCGAGAACAGUGGUACUCAACGUCUUCAGAGUUGAGAAAGGGAAUAAUAACUUGGUGGUGCGAGCAGAAGAGGUGAGGGACAUGUUGCUCGAAACGGCGCGAGGCCGCAACGAGGGCCAAUUGCAGAUCUAGACUGCACAAGUGACAGCGGAUGGGGUGAACAGUACCAUCAUCAGCUGCAGCAGCAGCAUGGCCACCGCCAUGGCAGCGAUAGCAGAUGUCGCCAUCCCCCACCGCCACCACCAACUUGGCUUUGACCUCCACCUUCUUCGUGGAAGAUGAUGAAGAUUAAGCUUUUGUUUUGACUCAAUUAUGUUCCUAAGAUGCACAACAACG